AUGAGCAUCGACCCCCUGAGGGUAGUCGCAAAGGAGAUGAAGUUCCUGACCGGGAACAUUCGCAAUCUUCUUGGGUCAGGGCACCCUUCGCUCGACCGAGUCGCAAAGUACUACACCCAGGCCGAAGGGAAGCAUAUGCGCCCCUUGAUCGUCCUGCUCAUGUCGCGAGCCACAUACCUAUGCCCCAAGGCCCCGACGCCGCCGCCAAACCAGCAAAAUGCCUCUCCCAUACAAUCAAUACCCAUCAACACCUCCCUAUCACCUCUCUCCAUACUCCGUGACGUGAACCCAUCCACCCCAACCCCGACUCCCGCAGAGACCGACGCCACAUCCGAGACAGACAUCCUCCCCUCGCAGCGGCGGCUGGCAGAGAUCACCGAGCUGAUCCACACCGCCUCACUGCUACACGACGACGUAAUCGACCACUCCGAGUCGCGCCGCGGCUCCCCGAGCGCAAACCUCGAGUUCGGCAACAAGAUGGCCGUCCUGGCGGGCGACUUCCUCCUGGGGCGGGCGUCCGUCGCGCUGGCGCGCCUCCGCAACGCCGAGGUCGUCGAGCUGCUGGCCACCGUCAUCGCGAACCUCGUCGAGGGCGAGUUCAUGCAGCUCAAGAACACGGCCCAGGACGAGGCCCGCCCCAAGUGGAGCGAGGACACCCUCGGCUACUACCUCAACAAGACCUACCUCAAGACGGCGUCGCUGAUCAGCAAGAGCUGCCGCGCCUCGGCGCUGCUGGGCGGGGCGAGCGCCGAGACCGUCGAGGCGGCCUACGCGUACGGCAAGAACCUAGGCCUGGCGUUCCAGCUGGUCGACGACAUGCUGGACUACACGCUGUCGGCGGCGGACCUGGGGAAGCCGGCUGGUGCGGAUCUCGAGCUCGGUCUUGCGACCGCGCCGCUGCUCUUCGCGUGGAAGACGAGGCCGGAGCUGGGAGAGUUGGUUGGGAGGAAGUUCGCCGGCGAGGGCGAUGUCCAGAGGGCACGACAACUUGUCCUCGAGACAGACGGCAUAAACCAGACGCGAGCAUUGGCGGAGGACUACGCCGAGAAGGCCAUCCAGAGCAUCAGUGAUUUCCCUGACAGCGAGGCCAAGGAUGGGCUGGUGGAGAUGGCUGUGAAGACGAUCAAGAGGCGGAAGUAG